CUCUGUUUGAAUUUUGAAACGCUAGCAGCUGAACUUGAAUAUUCGACGAUCAACGCGCUGAUCAGCUAGUCGCUAAUGCAAAUGUCCGAGGUCUUGGUUGCCAGGGCUAUCAGCGUUCAGCCGCUUGCACCCAAACUUGACUCCCAUCAGUGGUCAGGCCCAUCUGUAUCAAACAUCGACUUCUCCCUACAAUCAUGCUCUUAGUAAACCAGAGCAGACGCCAUCAUGAUACAAGCUUGAAUCCCCGGCCCGGUUGACAUGAUGCAUCCGUGGUUUGCAGGUGAGCGUAGGCUUAGGUUUCGGUGGCGAGGCCCAACCUGGCCCAACCUCUUCGGGGCAGUCUGUUACAUUGUAUAUAUAUAUACAAAUCUUUCCGCGAUGAUAAGUGCGUGCUACUAAUCACAAUGAACCACCAGGAAUUGGAUAACCUUCAAACCGCGCUAAACAAUGCGCUAAACAGUCUGCGCGUCGCAAUGGACGGGUCGAUGUUGCCGCCUUUGUCGUCACAGUAUGGAGUCGACAUGCACCCUUUGGAUGGCCUAGACGAACCCACGCCAGUUGGUGUAUACGAAGCCCGCCGAGCAGCACUAGCAUGCGUUGCAGAGCUCAAGAAUCUUCUCCAACAUCCUUUUGAGAAAGCUGCUGAUAGUACCUUUGCCAUGUAUGAUGUCGCGACCCUUCAAGUAUUUGUUGAACAUGGCAUUGUCGACCGCAUGGCGAAGGAGCCGUCUGGCGUCUCUGUCAAAACUCUCCAGUCAGAACUGAACCUCGACUCCCAUAAACUGACCACGAUAUUGCGCCAUCUCUCCACUUGUGGUUGGAUUCGAGAGACCCAGGAUGGCAUUUUCGCCAUGAAUCGCUCUUCUCGCGUUUUACUACAGGGACAAAGGGGUCGUGCAUUAAUCUCGGUUCCCGGCAACAUGAGGAUCGCAGAGGCUCUUCCUCAAUGGCUCACGCAUCCUGAUUCCAGGUUCUCUCAGUCUCCGGACCAUACCGCAUUUCAGCUUGCGAACAAUACUACGAAACCAUUCUUUGAAUGGGUGAAAGAGGACAGAAAUUAUCUCGGACGUUUUGCAGCUUGCGUUGAGGCACUCGGCGAAUAUGUAACCCCAGGAAUAUUAUCAGACUAUCCAUGGGAAACGUGUUUGGAAUCAACUGUUGUUGAUUGCGGGGGAGGUAAGGGAAGCUUAGCUAUCUCCCUCGCUAAUAAAUUCCCUGCCCUCCGUCUUGUUGUCCAGGAGAGGGGGGAGAUGGUCGAACUAGCUGAAGCUAACAUCAAAGCCCGUUUGGAUACCAACUCAGUUCCUGGUAGAGUAGUCGCUGAAGCUCAUGACUUGUUCUCUUCUCAGCCGCGCACUGGAGACAACUAUACCUUCAUGCUACGACAUGUUCUACACAACUGGCCCGAGGCUCAAGCUGUGAGCAUCCUAGAGAAACUCGCUGCUGCCGCAGGACCAAAGUCCAAGAUCCUGAUCAUCGAGAGAAUUUCUGGGCAUUAUCCUGACACUCGCGCCCAGCUUGAACAUAAGCCAGCCAACACAACGGACACUAUAGCUUCUGCUUCGCUCAUAACAGAGCAAGCCAUUCUAAAUUCUUCAUCUCGCAUGCCACAAGCACUUGCUUUGCACCUCUUGUGCAUUUUGAACUGUCACGAAAGAACAUUAGAUCAGUGGCGAACUAUAAUUUCCCGGGCUGGUCUUGUCGUCACGGGGCUGUACAAGCUUAGGGCUUACGUGUCUAUUAUGGAAUGCCGCGUUAGUCACACUUAGACGGGAGUCAAGAUGGCGGCCCUGGCCUACACUGGACGCAGUCAAAGAGUGAAACAGAGCACUACCUAUGUACGUUGAUAACGCGUUGUCCACUAUGUAAAUCGGCACAGAUUUUACCGAACGGCACAUAUAUCAAGCUGUACCAAGCUGUGCGUACCACUUGGAGCUGCCGGCGGCAAUCUGAGUUGCCCUACUUUGCCCCCGAAACCGACGAGCAGGAAUAGACACGGGCACUAUUUUACUACACUUUUAGGCUCUCUUGUGGCUUGACA